GCUUGCCGCUUCCGUCCGAAUCUGGUCCCGGGUAGCACCUGCACUGCCGAGUUCACGUACCGGGCAUCACCGUUUCCCCCCUCCUCCUCCGGUAUCUCGCGCAGCUCUCGGGGGCCGAUGGAGUUCCCGGGAGUGCUUUUCCCUUCCUACUUCGGCUGCGGCCCCCCCAGGGACGAGGGGGGCCCGGCUCCGGCUGCCGGCUGGGGGGAGCGGGGGGAGGUGCUGGAGGCCGGGCCCAGACGGCGGCAGGUGCAGCCACCGUUUGCGCCCCUCCGCAGCCACGAGGGCGAGAGCUGGACGCCGGCCGAGGCCGCGGCGGUGCCGCUGCUGCCGCCCAACAUGGGCUGCUGGGUCCCCGCUGUCACCCCUCAGGAUAUCCUCUACCACGGUGUCCUGCACAGAAAGCUGCGGACAGGGAGGUCUGGAGCUGCGCUGGACUUUGCCAAGCAGAUGGGGCACUUCUUUGUGGAUCACCCUGAGGACGCCUUCAGCUCCCUGGGGCAGCUGCUGCACAAGAACUUCCACCUGGGAGACUCCAGGCUCAGGAAACCCAGUAUCCGGGACACAACCAUCCGCAUGACAUCCCUGGUGGAGAAGAUCAACCAUAUGGAAGCCAGGCGUGGCUGCCCUCAGCGUAGAUUUACCUCCCACCUGCGCUUGUUCUCUCAUCUGUGCCGGGACUGGCUCUUUGAGAUGCCACUGGGACUGCUGGCCGACUGCGUGCAUGAAGAGCUGCUGCUACAGUGGACCAGCAUGCUCUUCGAUGAUAGUUCCACAGGGGGAGCACUAGCCUGGCUGCCCCCUCGGGAUGCAAGCAGUCAUGUGGGAUGCCUGGUAUACCCUGGCGGGUUGGCCAUGAACCACCUCUAUUUCCAGGAUGUGGUGCUGGGGGAGCAGCCCCGGGCCCGGGGGCUGCCAGUGCAGUUUGAGCUCAAUGGGCGCAUCCGGCAAGUAGCUGCUGCCCGGGUGGAUGGGCAAGACUUUGUCGGCGUUCGUUCUGACUACCACUGUGGUGUUUGGAGGAUGCCAGGCAAGACGGGGGCUGCCCCCAGCCCACUGCAGGUCAUCCAUACUGAUGUGCCAGCCUCCUGCCUCACCGUCAGCCCACACCUGUCUGGGGAGCUGUCAGUCUGCACCCAGAGUGGAGCCAUCUAUCUAUGGAACAUCGAGACAGGGCUGCAGCGGCUCCGCCAUGACCCCCAGACCCUGUUUUUCCGGGACCACUCGCCCUGGCGCUGGAGUGACUUCACUGCUCACCCGCGGGUGCUGAGCUGUGCUGACCGCACUGGCAUCCUGUGCCUGGAUGCUCGGGCCCCCACCAGCUGCCACUUCGACUUCUUCAAGGUGGGUGAGGAAGCCAAGUGCCAGCAGGGUGAACGCGUAGUACUGCCCAUGUACCUAGGUAGGGCUCACCCCUGCCAGCACCUUGUUGCCACCCAGUUUGCCAUGUACCUGCUGGAUGAGCGCUUGCCGCUGGUGCCUGUGCUGAAAUGGGCACACAUGAUGAAAGCCCCCCCUGUGUUUGCUGACAUUGUGCCGGGGGAGUCUGGGAGGAGCCAUAAAGCACUGCUGGGCACUUCUCAUACCCAGGAACUGCUGCUGCUGCAGUACACAGGUGAGAAAACAGGGGGUAGCCAGAUGGCCUGCCAGCUCGCAGGGCCACCACAGCGGCUACACAGCGUUGCCAGCUGCCUACCUCACCUCCCCACACAGCUCCCACACCAGCACCACCUGCUCCAGCAGCGCCUCAGCAUCCCUGCAGCUGGGCUGGCUGCCGUGCAACAUGAGCAGGGCCACCAAGAGUCCAUUCUGGUGUUCCAGCUCUCCGAGGCGGGUGAUGUCUUCUACCAGACACUGAGACACGAAGCAGCACCCACGCCUGUUCCUGACGAGGGGGAUGAGGCAGAACCAGCUCCCACUCCUAACAAGGGGGAUGAGGCAGCAGCACCCCCUGGCUCUCCCAUUCUGUUUGACAGCGAGGAAGAGGAACAGGAGGAGGAAGAAGAGCAGACCUUCUACUUAUCCAAUUUGGAGGUGAUAAUCGAUGAAGAUGAGGAGGAAGAGGUUGUGGCCACGCCAGCAGCACCUGAGGAACCUGAGCCCCACGCCAGCCCCAAGUCUGCCCCAAAUGUGCCCAGCACGGCUGCCACUCUGCGGUACCGCCGCUGGCUGCGGGCACUGCUGCGGGCAUGGGUGGGCUCCCCAGCAUCCUCCUGCCGAUCCGGACCCCCCACCCUCAGCCAGCGGCGCCUCUUCACCCGCAAGGAGCUGUCAGAGGUGGCACCAAGUGCCCUACAGCAGUACCAGCUGCAGCUGCGCCAGGCCAUGCGUGAGCAGGGCCGCAUCCAGCGCUGGGAGCCAGCCCCAGAGCCCCCCAGCCCACCGCCCUCCUUGGAACCCAACGCCUUGAGUGCCAGGCUAACAGCAGCAUGGAGAGGCGAGUGGGGGGCCGUGGGGCCAGCCGGCAGCACCCUGCAGAGGCAACGAGCACUGCGGGAGCGGCGGCGGAGGCAGAAGCGCAGCCGGGCUCACCGCAGUCUCUCGGCCAGCUUCACCUCCUCCAUCACCUACCAGUCUGAGCUGUCCGAGCUCAGCGAGGGUGGCAUUCCCCGCACCCCCCCGGCGACCCCACGGGAGGUGGCGGUGUGCUCUCCACCCCGCACCCCCCCGCCGCCCCUCACCGAGAUCCUGCUGUCCUCUCAGGAGCUGCGCUCCCGCGGCAUCCCCAAGGAGCGCCGUCGCACGCUGCGGGACUACCUGUCCGUGUGGGCCGAGGGCCCGCAGGACCCCCCCGAGGCCCCCAGCAGCAUCACGGUGCAGCGCUGCAUCCCCUCCUCGCAGAGCCAGCUCACCAGCUCACAGAGCCAGCUCUCCUCCGCCUCGCAGCCGCGCCGCAAGCGCCCCCGUAUGGGCUUCUGAGCAGCAAUAAACGCGCAGUGGCACGGC